GACGCUCCGCAGCCACCUCCGGCUUCCUCUCGCUCCACAAUCCUGCCGAAGGCGGAUCGCCUGCCCUUAAAGUGUCCACGGUGCUCUGCCGCGGACUCCGUGGCGCUGUGACCUGUACCGAGUCGUAGGGAGGACGCCGGGGGACCCACGAGCCUCAGCAAUGGGAAGUAUGGCCCCAUCAAAGGAUGUGAAUGCCGGGUCCUGAAUGCCUCCUGGACUCGGUGGCCAUUGAGGAUGUGACUGUGAGCUUCACUCUGGAGGAGUGGGCUUUACUGGAUCCUUCACAGAAGAAACUCUACAGAGAUGUGAUGUGGGAAACCUUCAGGAACCUGGCCUCAGUAGUCUGCAUUUCAGGGAAAACAUGGGAAGAUCAUGAUAUUGAAGAAAAGUAUCAAAAGCAGGAGAGAAAACUAAGAAGUCAUAUGGUAGAGAGACUCUGUGAAAGUGAAGAGGGUGGUCAAUGUGGAGAAAACUUCAGCCUUCUUCCCAAUCUCAAACUGAAAAAGAAACCUACUGCAGCAAAACCGUAUAAAUGCAGUGCAUGUGGAAAAGUCUUCAUGCAUCAUUCAUCCCUUAAUAGGCAUGUUAGAUGUCACAAUGAACACAGACCACAUGCCUAUCAAAAAUGUCCAGAGAAGCCAUAUAAAUGUAAGGAAUGUGGGAAAGCCUUCCCUUUUCCCAGUUCUCUUCAAAUACAUGAAAGAACUCAUACUGGAGAGAAACCCUAUGAAUGUAAAAAUUGUGGUAAAGCAUUCAUUUCUUCCAAGUCUCUUCGAAUACAUGAAAGAAUUCAUACUGGAGAGAAACCCUAUGAAUGUAAGGAAUGUGGGAAAGCCUUUACAGCUCCCUCAAGCCUUCGGUCACACAUGAUCUCUCACACUGGAGAUGGACCUUAUAAAUGCAAGGAAUGUAGGAAAGUAUUCAUUUCUCCCAGUGCUUUUCGAAUACAUGAAAGGAGUCACACUGGAGAGAAACCCUAUGAAUGUAAAAAUUGUGGUAAAGCAUUCACUUCUUCCAAGUCUCUUCGAAUACAUGAAAGAAUUCAUACGGGAGAGAAACCCUAUGAAUGUAAGGAAUGUGGGAAAGCCUUUACAGCUCCCUCAAGUCUUCGCUUACACAUGAUCUCUCACACUGGAGAUGGACCUUAUAAAUGUAAGGAAUGUAAGAAAGUAUUCAUUUCUCCCAGUGCUUUUCAGAUACAUGAAAGGAGUCACACUGGAGAGAAACCCUAUGAAUGUAAAUAUUGUGGUAAAGCAUUCAUUUCUUCCAGGUCUCUUCGAAUUCAUGAAAGGAGACAUACUGGAGAGAAACCCUAUGAAUGUAAAAAUUGUGGUAAAGCCUUCAGUGAUCCCAGUAGUUUUCGAAUGCAUGGAAGACUUCACGCUGGAAAGAGACCCUAUAAAUGUAAGGAAUGUGGAAAAGCCUUUAUCGCUCUCACAAACCUUCGAGUACACAUGAUCACUCACACUGGAGUCGGACCUUAUAAAUGUAAGGAAUGUGGAAAAGUUUUCAUUCAUCCCAGUUCAUUUCAAAUACAUGAAAGGAGUCACACUGGAGAGAAACCCUAUGAAUGUAAAGAAUGUGGGAAAGCCUUCAGUUUGUACGCUAACUUAAAAAAACACCAAAAAACUCACACAGGACGGACACCCUUUGUAUGUAAGGAAUGUAGUAAGGCUUUUAUUUCACUUCAAGCUUUCCAAAUACAUGAAAGAAAUCACACUAGUGAGAAAUUCUAUGAAUGUAAAAAAUGCAAUAAAGCACUCACUUCUUACAGUUCUUUUCGAAGACAUGAAAGAAAUCACACUAGAGAGAAACCCUAUGAAUGUAAGAAAUGCAGUAAGACAUUCGCUUAUCCCAGUUCUCUUCGAGUACAUGAAAUAACUCACACUGGAGAGAAACCCUAUGAAUGUAAGGAAUGUGGGAAAGCCUUUAGAGAUCCCUCAAGCCUUCGAUCACACAUGAUCUCUCAUACUGGAGAUAGACCUUAUAAAUGUAAGGAAUGUGAGAAAGCAUUUAUUUCUCCCAGUGCCUUUCGAGUACAUAAAAGGAGUCACACUGGAGAGAAACCCUAUGAAUGUAAAGAAUGUGGUAAAGCAUUCAGUUGUAGCAGUUCUCUUCGAGUACAUGAAAGAAUUCAUAUUGGAGAGAAACCCUAUGAAUGUAAAGAAUGCUGUAAAUCAUUCAGUCGCACCAGUUCUCUUCGAGUACAUGAAAGAGUUCAUACAGGAGAGAAACCCUAUGAAUGUAAGGAAUGCAGUAAAGCCUUCACUUCUUCCAGUUCUCUUCGAGGACAUGAAAGAGUUCAUACAGGAGAGAAACCCUAUGAAUGUGAAAAAUGCAAUAAAGCCUUCAUUUCUUCCAGUUCUCUUCGAGGACAUGAAAGAGUUCAUACGGGAGAGAAACCCUAUGAAUGUAAGGAAUGUAGGAAAGCCUUCAGUUCUCAUCAAAAUUUCCAAAUACAUAAAAGAAAUCAUACUGGAGAGAAACUGUAUGAAUGUGAAAAAUGUCAUAAAGCAUUUAGUUUUCCCAGUUCUCUUCGAAGACAUGAAAGAACUCAUAUUGAAGAGAAACCCUGUGAAUGUCAGGAAGGUGGGAAAGCCUUUCUUUCUCAUACAGACUUAUGAGGAUAUGUGAGAAGGCACACUAGAGCAAAACAUGUAAAUAUAAAGAAUGCAGGAAAGCCUUUUGUCAUCUGAGUUCUUUCUGAAGGCAUAAAAGGAGUCACUUGAUAAAAACCUCUGGAAUGUAAACAGCGUGGGAAAGACUUCAGAUGGCCUACAUCCUUCUAUGUGAGUCUCUUACCAAAAAGAAAUAUAAAUGUAAGUCAUGAAAAAGCUUGAUGGAAGUUUACUUGUGUAUGAUGUUCUAGAAAACAUUCAACAUAAGAGAGUUGUGGUAAAAGUUGUAAACAUACUGUGUUUACGCAGCCUCUUUCCUAAAGUGCAGCAUUGGAUUGUGGGUUUCUAUUAAUUACUUUCAGAAAUGAAUAUUGAAGUGAGAUAAUUCUGAAAGUCAUCCUUCAUCAAUAGUAUAUAAGAUUACUAGGUAGUAAUCUUUUUCCUUAAAUCUGUUAAUAGUAUUUUCUCUUUAAUUGUUUUUUAUAAUGUUUUAAGUGUUCUGUAUUAAGGGGCCAUUGAAAAAUGACAUUUUGUGUGUGUUGGGAUUUUCUUACUGGCCUUGUAUCGCAGUUCCUGGAUAUGCCUCAUCCAUUGUGUAUAUUGUUCUUUUCUCAGAGAAAACUCUUUUUGGAGGGUGCUGAGUAUAGAAGCCUGUUUUUAUUUUCCAUGCUAUUAAACAUUUGGAACAAAGUUUUAUGUGUGGCAAGUUUAUCAAAGAGUAUAGUUUCAUGGGAAUUCUUAUUUUCGUAUUUGGGCCUUUCCUUUUUGUCCUUCCUUCUGUCUGGUAUUUGGUGAAUAGGCUUUGAAUCUUGCAGAGGCCUGUGAGAGGCCAACAAAAUCUAGAGCUGGAAAUAUCACCCUUGUAUUAUGUUGUGUUGAUGAGGGUAAUAUUAAGAACCAGAUCUUUAAGAAUCCGUCCCCUUUAUGGUUCCAUGCUGGAAUUCACCAGUAGCUUCACUUGCAUGAGAUUUGGACGGCAAAAGCAAACAAGGCAUUACGCAGAUUUUGGAGCCACCACACAGGGGGAGAGACAGCUACAUAGGAGCUCUGAGGACACGACUUUCUGUCCCAUUUUCUGGGUUCUUUGGCCCUUUAGUCAAGAGUAUCUUGAAAACCAUACCAACUGUUAGAUUUCCAUUUUCAUAGAGGUGUAUUUUCCACUGAUGUUUUCAGAAGUUUCACAUCAAAAAUCCAUUAGGGUUAGGAUUUUUCUGUAAGGCCUCCUGGAACCUAAUUCAGACUUUUCUCGUUGAGAUAUUCUCUGAUUCCUUUCUUCUCUAGAUGAUAUCUGUAUGAGAUCUAAUUUAUAUAGUAAAUACUUUAUGCUAGUGAAUAUGUUUCCCUGAUUCACCAUGACAUCUACAAUGGGACAUAGAAAGAUAUAGAAGUUUGUUUCUCUCCUGCAUUGUGCAGAGGCUGCAUUGACCCAGUUCUUCCAUGUGAGAAUAAUUUCUUUUCUCAGGUCAGG